AUGGACAAAACACCAGCCAAUGCAGGAGGGGAAUCCCUUCGUCUAUACGUGACACUUGGCAUCCCGCUCAUACUUUACUUGGUCUACAAUUUCAUCCUCCAUCCUCUCCUUCGCUCGGAUCUUCGCGGAAUUCCAGGUCCAUUCCUUGCCAAGUUCACUGACUUGCAUCGUCUUUUUCUGGUUCGAACGGAAUCCGUUCAGGAGCAUCAUCUGGAACUUCACAAACGCCAUGGACACUUCGUACGCCUUGGGCCAAACAUGGUUUCUGUUAGCGACCCAUCCGCUAUAUCUACUCUCUACAGCACCCGGACAAGACACCCCAAGUCGAACUUUUAUCCAGUGAUGGGAAAUGUUGCGAACGGAAAGGUCGUGCCCACCAUCUUCUCCACCCUGGAUGAAUCAUUCCAUGAGACCAUGAAACGACCCAUUGCGCAGGUCUAUGCCAUGACCAACCUGAGAACCUACGAGCCGCUCGUUGAGAGUACCGAAUCUCUUUUCUUUGAGAAGCUGGAAGGCCUGGCCGAUACUGGAAAAUCAUUCGAUUUGGGAACAUGGUUACAUUGGUUUGCGACCGAUGUGAUAAUGGAAAUUACAUUUGGGAAAAGACUCGGAUUCCUGGAGCAGGGAGAGGAUGUGAAUGGAAUUUUGAAGCAAAUUGAGGACCGCUUCUCCUACGUUGCCGUGGUUGGACAGAUGCCUUGGCUUGACAGUGUCCUGCACAAGAACCCAAUCACAAGCUAUCUGAAGAGCCUCAUUUCCAGUCCAACUGUUUCCCCCGUCCUCAAAUUUGCCCUUGACCGAAUCGCCGAGCGCAAAAAGCAGCGCCAGGACAAUCCAGAGAAAAUCGAUUCAAACCGAGACUUUCUAGCUCGCUUCUUAGACAUUAAAGACGCUAAUCCUGAUAUUCCUGACUUUUGGAUCAUAUCUUGGUGUCAACAAAAUGUGCAGGCCGGAUCAGACUCUACCGCAAUUACGCUUACUUCCGUUUUCUACCAUCUCUUGAGAGACCCUGAGUCAAUGGCUCUCAUACUGGAGGAAUUGGAUCAAGCAAAUCUGCCCUCUCCCGUGCCUUGGGAUAUUGCCCACAGACUCCCCUAUCUUGACGCUUGCAUCAAGGAGGCGCUGAGGAUGACCCCAGCAAUUGGCAUCCCACUUGAGCGUGUAGCCCCUGCUGAGGGCAUGGAGCUUGGUGGGAAAUUCUUUCAGGGUGGAACUGUUCUUGGAGUUAGUGCUUGGGUCGUACAGAUGGACCAAGGUGUCUAUGGAGAAGAUGCCGCAUCGUGGAGACCAGGACGAUGGGUCGAAGCGAGCGAGGAGAAAAGAAAAGAAAUGGACAGAACAUUAUUUGCUUUUGGCGGAGGUUCGCGAGUUUGUAUCGGGCGGAACAUCUCAUAUCUUGAGAUGUAUAAAGUUGUCCCUGAGCUCUUGGUCAGAUUCAAGGUACGUCAUUAUGUUGCUGAGUAUACCUUGGGCAAGCGGCUAAUCCUUAUUCAACCAUUAGUUUUCACUUCAGAGUCCACAAAAGGAGUGGACCCUUAA